AUGGCGGGUCCUUCACUGAUGGACUCACUCUUCCAGCGGUCCUUAGACGACCUGAUCAAGGGCCUUCGCCUCCACCAACCCACCUCCGAAUCCACCUUCAUCUCCAAAUCCCUCGACGAGAUCCGCCGCGAGAUCAAGUCAACAGACCCACAAACUAAAUCCACUGCCCUCCAAAAGCUCAACUACCUUCACUCCCUCCACGGCCUCGACAUGUCCUGGGCCGCCUUCCAUGCCAUCGAGGUGAUUUCUUCGCAAAAUUUUCAACAGAAGAAAGUUGGGUAUCUCGCCGCUUCUCUCUCUUUCCACUCUUCGACUGAUGUCAUCCUCCUCCUCACCAAUCAGCUUCGCAAGGACCUCUCCUCCAACAAUGUUUUCGAGGUAAGUCUUGCCCUCGAGUGCCUUUCGAUGAUAUGUACAGUUGAUCUUGCGCGCGAUUUAACUCCUGAGAUAUUCACUUUGUUGGGUAGUACUAAGAGUUUCAUUAAAAAGAAAGCUAUUGCAACUGUAUUGAGAAUAUUCGAGAAAUACCCAGAUGCAGUUAGGGUCUGUUUUAAGAGAUUAAUUGAGAAUUUAGAGAGUAAUGAUGUGGGUAUAGUGUCUGCUGUUAUGGGUGUGUUCUGUGAGCUUGCUUUGAAAGAACCCAAAUCGUAUUUGCCCUUGGCGCCAGAGUUUUAUAGGAUUCUGGUGGAUUCUAGGAAUAAUUGGGUGUUAAUUAAAGUUCUUAAGGUGUUUUCAAAGUUGGCUAUAUUGGAGCCGAGGUUGGCAAAGAGGGUGGUGGAGCCGAUUUGUGAGCAUAUGCGGAGGAGUGGAGCAAAGAGUUUGGUGUUUGAGUGUGUGAGAACUAUUUUAAGUAGUUUGAGUGAGUAUGAAUCAGCGUUGAAGCUUGCAGUCGAAAAGGUUAGGGAGUUUUUGGUGGAUGAUGAUCCGAAUCUUAAGUAUCUUGGACUGCAAGCGCUUUCGGUUGUUUCACUGAAGCAUUUGUGGGCAGUGUUGGAGAAUAAGGACCUUGUGAUCAAGUCUUUAAGUGAUGAUGAUCCAAAUAUCAAGCUUGAGGCUUUGCAGCUUGUGAUGGCAAUGGUAUCUGAGGAUAAUGUGCAUGAAAUAUGCAAGGUUUUGAUUAGCUAUGCUCUUAAAUCUGAACCAGCAUUUUGCAAUGAGAUUCUUGGAUCGAUACUAUCAACUUGUUGUAGAAAUGUCUAUGAAAUUAUCAUUGAUUUUGAUUGGUAUGUGUCACUUCUUGGGGAAAUUUCGAGGAUUCCACAUUGUCAAAAUGGGGAAGAAAUUGAGAAGCAGCUUAUAGAUAUUGGUAUGAGGGUCAAGGAUGUUAGAUCGGAGCUUGUUCGUGUUGGCCGAGAAUUACUGAUUGAUCCUGCAUUGCUUGGUAAUCCUGUCAUACAUAGGAUAUUAUCUGCUGCUGCUUGGGUGUCGGGGGAGUAUGUUGAGCUCUCAAAGAAUCCGUUUGAGCUUAUGGAGGCACUGCUACAACCACGCACCAUUCUCUUGCCACCAUCAAUAAGAGCUAUAUAUGUUCAAUCCGCAUUCAAAGUGUUGAUCUUCUGUCUGUAUUCUUAUCUCUUUCCAGAUGAAGCUGUUGCUUCGUCGCCCUCACUUCCUGUUGAUUUGGAUCCUGGAGUGACAAGUUCCAUAUCUCCAAAAGAAUUCUCUGAAAGUUCUGAUGUUGUAGUAACUGAACCUCUUGCUGAUCGUGAAAUGGAUGAGGGGUUCAAUCCAAGAGAUAUAAGUCAAUCACUUGAAGAUGUUUCUGUCGGAAAUGGUGGAGAUACGGUUAUUGCUCAUGAGCAGACCUCAUGUUCAGCUACCUUAAAGAAGGAUUAUUUUACACAAGAAUCCAUUGUUAAACUGUUGGAUCUUGUUGAAAGAACUUUGUGCCCAUUAAUGGGAACCCAUGAGGUGGAAAUACAAGAGAGGGUGGGGAACAUUCGUGGUUUAACUGAGUUGAUAAAGCAGGAACUACCUGAAUUUUUAGUCCAUAAGGAAAGGAAUGUUGAGGGGGUAAAAGUGAAAGCUUUGGAGAUUGUAAAACUGAUGCAUGAUGCCUUUUUGGAAGAGCUUGGUCCAGUUUCUACGAGUGCUCAGGAAAGAGUACCUAUACCAGAGGGAUUAAUGCUUAUGGAGAAUCUUGGUGACUUGGAAGGAAUAUGUGGUGAUAUACAGUUACCUAUACCAAGCCAAUUUUGCUUCGGGAUGCCUCAUUCUGGGGGCAGAGAGAGUACUUCCCUCUUUAAUCAACAGACGGAUGAAGAAUCUGAAACUUCAUAUGAAUGUACAUCUCUGCUUGCUGAACAUCGCAAGCGGCAUGGGUUAUAUUAUCUUCCUUCAGAGAAAUUGGAAACUAUAUCCAAUGCUUGCCCACCUGCUAAGGACCCUCAGCAAAGUGAUGAUCUUAAUGAUGAUGGUCAAGAUCUUGUUAAGCUUACAGAGCAGUCACUGGUCCCAAAGAAAAAGCCAAACCGAGCAAAGCCUAGGCCUGUGGUGGUAAAAUUAGAUGAGGUAGACGGAAUAACUAUUGCAGUCAGUAAGCCAGAGUCAAAAGAUUAUUUGAUUUCUGGUGCUGUGCGAGAAGUUCUUUUAGGUAAUGAAGUCUCUUCAGCCCAACACAAGCUGCCUGAUAAGUCAUCAAACAAGAGAAGAGAGAAAGACAAGUUAGAUAUUGAUCAACCUUCUGACACAAAAGAAAAUUUGGCUAAUGUGGGAAAAUCUGAGACUUCAACUUCGAAAAAGAGCAAGCACCAUAUUCCUGGUAAAGAGAGAAAACAUAAAAGUUCAAGGAAGAAUGCUGAUGAAAGAGAAGAUGUUCAAAAAGACAAGACAAAGAGUGGUCACCACAACCCAAGGCACAAAGCUCGGCAAAGAGCAGAUGACAAUGUGGAUGUAAUAGCACAAACACCAGUAAUCCCUGAUUUUCUUUUGUAA